AUGCCCGCUACUAUCGCACCAUCGUAUUCCCUAGACCGGGCAAUCACCUCCAACAAUGUUGUUUUCAAAAAUGACAUUGAACCAGCAACAAUAAUCUAUUCUCUGCGUACAGGGAAAAUUACCCACAUCAUCCAACCUCCAGCAUCUUCUUACGAUGAUCCUAGACUCGCAAAACUUGGAAUCACAGCCCCAGAACAGUUCCGUGAUAUUGGCGAACUUCACAUUUUACCAGGUCUCGUUGAUGCUCACGUUCACCUAAACGAGCCUGGCCGCACCGAGUGGGAAGGCUUUGAGACUGGUACCAAGGCUGCAGCUGCCGGUGGUGUUACUACUCUUAUCGACAUGCCCUUAAAUGCUAUUCCUCCUACUACAACUAUUGAUAACUUUAAACUCAAGCUUGAUGCAGCCAAAGGUCAGUGCUGGGUCGAUGUUGGAUUCUGGGGUGGUAUCAUUCCUGGAAAUGUUGACCAACUCGUACCUCUCGUGAAUGCCGGUAUUCGUGGUUUCAAGUGCUUUAUGGCCGACUCUGGCGUCGAGGAAUUCCCUAUGGUGCAACGCUUUGAUAUUGAGCUGGCUCUCAAGACUCUCAAGGCUCAACCUACUCUCGUCAUGUUCCACGCUGAAAUUUGCAACGAGCAUACUACCCCUCAACUUGACUUUGACAAUAUGGAUCACUCUUGCUAUGACUCUUUCCUCAAGUCAAGACCAGAAAUCAUGGAAGUUGAGGCUAUCUCUACAGUCAUUGAAGCCUCAAAAGUCGCACCCAACCUUCCCUUGCAUAUUGUUCAUCUUGCUUCCAAGGAUGCUAUUCCCCUUGUCCGCAAAGCCAAGCAAGAUCGUGUUAAGCUUACUGCCGAAACCUGCUUCCACUACCUGUCUUUUACAGCUGAAACUAUUAAAGAUAAAGCCACUCACUUCAAGUGUGUCCCCCCUAUCCGCGAAGCUGAAGUCAACAAGCAGCUCUGGUCUGCUCUCAAGACUGGUGAAAUUACAUCCAUCGUUUCUGAUCAUUCGCCAUGCACACCGAUACUUAAACUCCUUGAUGAAGGCGAUUAUUUUAGAGCUUGGGGUGGUAUUUCAUCUGUCGGUCUUGGUCUCUCUAUUCUUUGGACUGCUAUCCAACUUGGUCACCCAGAGUUUGAUCUUGUUGAUGUUGCCCGUCUGACAAGUUACAAUACGGCUUAUCAGGCUGGUCUUAUUGACACCAAGGGUUCUAUCGACGUUGGGAAAGACGCUGACUUUUGCAUCUUUGACGCUGACGGAACCCUGUUUGUUGAUCAAACCCUUCUGCCGUUCAAGAACAAGCUCACUCCUUAUCAUGGUUCUCACCUUAAUGGUCUCGUUGUUGAAACCAUACUUCAUGGUGAAACCAUCUUCACUCAUACCGCUGGCCACAUUUCUGAACCUACAGGUCAACUCUUGUUAGAAAAGAGAACUUAUUAA